GAUGGCGCUCCACUUGUGACCGAGAUCGAUGCAGUCUCCUUUCAGGUCAGAGAAAGAAUGCUGUACAAUCAUGUUUACAGUUGAUGGCGAUGGAAGAUGUCAUUGUCAACCAUGUCAUAAUGGCCGAUGCAUCUAAGAAAAAAUCUCAAAGGGAAUCUGCCUGCUGCUGCAUGAGAAAUACCAAGUUUUCGCUCACGGUGUGCUCCUUCGCUGUGUCGGCCAUUCUUUAUUUCGCAUAUUACAUCGCUGUUCGUACGCAUCGUUUUGAAAGUACAAGGAAAGCAGGCAAAGCUAGUAUCAGUGUAGCAAGCCCUUGGCAUGGUAUCCCAGAGUUCAUUUUGUAUGUUCGUUUUACUUCUGAUGAUCGAUGGGAUAAAGAAUAUCAGUAUAUUCUGGUCAGAACAAUGAAGCUGUUCUUUCCCAGUGAAAGAGCAAAAUUGGUGGUUGUUCUUGAUGGCGAAAAGACAGAAGAUCAUUAUUUGGCCGAAAAUAUACGCAAUGAAUGGCCAUUCCCAAAAAUUUGCUUCAGUGAAAAGGGAGACGAAACAAUUUACCAUAACAUGGGAAAAUCAAGGAUGUUCUGGGACAUGCUCCAUCCGGAAAAAUGCACAGAUUCUCCAUUUGUUGGCUUUAUAGAUACAGAUACGUUUUUCAGCACUUUGGUUACACCUUCUCUUUUGUUUGAAAAUGGAAAGCCUGUAAUUGUGGCGAAAAUCGGUAAACCGGCAAUUGAAUGCUGGUCACUGGCCACUGAAAUAUUUCUCGGAAGGAAGGAAGUUUUGCAAUGCAUGUCAACAUUUCCAAUUAUGAUAAAAAAUGAUCAUAUACAAAAAAUGAGGGAAAGGCUUUCAUUGGAACAUGAAAAAACUUUUGAUGCAUUGUUUAGAGACGUACCUAUUGAAGCAGGAGGAGCAUUUUGCAUAUCUCAAUUUAAUAUUAUGUGUAAUUAUGUUUGGUACUAUCACAGGAACGAGUAUGCCUGGCAUUUGCAAGUUAUACCAAAAGGUGUAUUGAAGCGUAAGGAUCUGGUACCAAGUAUGGCUAAAUUGAAAUAUUACAGAAAGGAAUUAAAAUCUUUUUUGAGAGUACCAAUACCCCGACCUGCAAUUCAUAUUCGAUAUCUCAUGUUAAAUGGCAUCAAGUUUGAGCAACAAGAACCUCCACGGGAAGUCAUGGAUGGCUUUAUUCGCGAGAGUUUGUGCUAUUCAGCUGGAUUUCGUUAUUGUGAAAAAAGUUGUACUAUGUAUCAAAGGGAAAACAUUCACAAGAAUCUCUUUGCAUUCGAAUUCCAUGACUGGCUUUGGGAUAGAAGAUGCUUUCACGAACAGGAAAAGCAUUAUCUACGCGUCCAAAAAUUCUUGGAAUACUCAAUAUCCAAUAAAAAGGAAAUAUUUGGAAUAAAGUCUAUUGGAGAUUUAUGCCUUCUUAUAGAAGCCAACGAGCCAUAUUUUGCUUAACAUUUCGCUAUCUUUCCCUCAGUUUUCUUGCUCUUCAAUUACAAGAAACAUGAUAUUUUUAUUAUGGGCAAAAAAAAACCAGAAAGCAGAUAUUUUUGUCUUGUUGAUGAAGCUUCAUUAAGGUUCGCAUUAAACGAUGUACAUAGCCUUUAAUUUUGAAAUCGAUAUGAAAGCUGUUUCUUUUUUUGAUCA